AUGGAUGAUAAAGUUGCACUUAUCUUUGGCUAUGGACCGCAUGUCGGGUUCGCCGUUGCAGAAUCUUUCGCAAUGCAAGGCUAUAAAGUCGCUGUAGUGUCACGAUCAGAACAUUCUUCAGAACCUGCAAAGAAGUACCUCAAGAUCCAAGCGGAUCUCUCGGUCCCCUCCUCAGUUGAAAGCAUUUUCACAAGAGUCAUCGAAGAACUCGGGCAUCCAACCGUUGUAGUCUACAAUGCCUCCGCUGUCAGCGUCGACCCAUCGACUCCUCUUAGUGAUCAAAUCUCCGAAUUCGAGUCUGCAAACAAUGUCAAUAUUGUCUCUGCAUACAUCGCAGCAAAGUUGGCAGUAAAAUCUUUCACUCUUUUACCACGCCAGUCACCGAGAACAUUCAUCUAUACCGGAAACAAGCUCCCCUUGAUGAUCGUGCAACCACUCCUAGCCCAGGGAGUGGGCAAAGCGGGCGCUGCACACUUGAUUCAUUAUUUAGCUGAGGAGUACAAAGACCAGGGCUACAAAUUCUACUUCGCGGACGAGCGCAAGCCGGAUGGAGAGCCGGUUUACUCUGCCAUCGAUGGGCCCGCUCAUGCUGAGUUCUACACGCAGCUGGUUGAGACUAACGUGCAAGGGCCAUGGUUUGCAACUUUCGUCAAAGGACAGGGUUAUGUUUCUUUCCCCGAGACGUUUGUUCACGAUGCUAUUGAUCUGCCCAACCCAGCUCAGUGA